AAAGUAUCGAAAAAAAAAAAAAUAUUGACACAUAAAAAAGCUAGAAAAGAAUAAGUAAAACUGACACCAUCACUCAGUGCAAGAACAAAGAAAAUCGCAUAGGAAGAGCAGGAAAGAACACGUCGAAGCAGAAGAAGACAUGGCGUUGCAGUGGUUGAUUCUUACCUACGUUGUUGCAGCUGAGGCUGCCGUGGCCAUUCUGCUGACCCUUCCCACACCCAAACUCCUGAGGAACCGCUUCGCCUCUCUCGUUUCACUCAUUCUUCAACCCGCGCUUUUCAUUGUCCCCUUUGCGGGGUUUCACCUUUUAGAUAUUUACUGGAAGAAUGAGCACCGGCUGAUGUGUACCUCCGAAGUUUGUACUGCUGCAGAGAGAGAUCGAUAUGAGAAAUCUAUAUACAAAGCUCAGAGGAAUGUUAUACUGUGUGUUGCAGCAUGUCUUCUCUACUGGUCUAUCAGCCGUAUUUGCAAGUAUCAGAAGGAUAUCCAGAGUCUGGAGGAAGUGGAGAAGAGAUACAAUGACAAGUCCCAGUAGCUUCUGUUUUUAGUUAAAAAUCCCAUACUAUCAUGGUUAGUGGAGCAGAGCCUCGAGGCAACUUUAGUUGAGUCUAGUAUGGACAUGCCAACAUGAUGUACCGAAUUAUAGUGUGUGAUAUACUCAGUCAUGUGAUUCAGCUCUACAUUUCAAAUUCCAAUCUUUUUUCUAUUCUGCUGUUUCUUGACUUUUAUGUUGUUUAAUGGCUAGUUUAGCCUAAUCAGUGAAAUAUUUUACUUUUAGCUUC